UAUUCUGUUUUAAGUCGGAAUAUAAAAAGCAAUACGAACGGUGCAGUACGCAAAUUUUAACCGUUCAUUCUUUGUUUCUGGCCUAAACUUUAUAUUAGACAAUUUGGUUUUUUGUAAGAAAAAUUUCGUUACUCGACUAUUGAGAUUAUACUUUAGCAGAGUGUGUAAAUGGUUCCGAUGUAGUAAGAUUCUACAAGAUUCGGAUAUAGAUACAGUAACAAAAUCGUUAGCCACGUCAACUGCAAAAGUAUAACUCAUUCGUACCGCAUAAAACAGCGAAAAGUAGAAUAGGAUUUGUGUGCGCAAACAAAAUUAAAGCUUCCAGUAUUCAAAGACACAUUCCAUUUAAGGACCCAACGCGAAAGUGGUAUGCCGAUUAAAGACAAUGGCUGUAAAGGUGAUAUUGGUAAUACUGUUGGCCUUAUCCGGAUGCGAUUCAUAUAAUUCAAUGGAUCUUCCAGACAAUUGUUCUACAGACCGGAAACGAAUCUCUUUCAAUUUAGAAUGUAGGUUUGAAGCAUCCGAUUCCAAACAACAUUCCAUAAAGAUAUACACCAUCGAACCAACGCUUCACAUAACACACAACGACGGAUGGGUCCUCUUCGAUUUGGAUAUAUUUCCCAAAUGGAACAUAAAUGAAAAGUUGCAUAGCAUAAAAAUGGAAAAUUGUACACUUCCUUCGGAUCAGAGUCUCGGUACUUUGUUUGAACAUUUCGGCGUCAAAGAUGAAAUUCUUGCAUUUGAAGGCAUCAAUAUUGCACAGUCAUCAUUGUCAUUAGGUGGUCGAUUUUCGAGUGGAUUUGAAAAAGUAGAAAAUUUGACGUUACAUUGGAACAGCAUAGGACAAUUAAAUGAAAAUGUGUUCCGAUUGUUGACAAAGCUAUACAACCUGGAUUUAAGUAAGAAUGAGAUUUCCGAUGUGGACCACAAUGCGUUCAGAGAUCUGGUGGAACUCAGGACACUUAAAAUGAGUUCCAACAAAUUGAAAUCACUGAAAGAGGGCAUGUUUGAGCGCCAGAAGCACUUAAAUCUUCUGUGUCUACGGCAAAAUAGCCUACCGAAUUUGACGAAGGAAAUGUUUCGGGGUCUGGACUCUUUGAGUAUUCUCACUCUUGAAAAAAAUAAGUUUUCCAGUUUGAUGGACAAUGUCUUCCACAAUCUUCCGAGUCUGAAAGAAAUAUCUUUGGGUAAUAGCAACCUGCCGUACACAAUAUUUGUGAAACAAAGUCAUUUAAAGUUCGUUUUCCUAGAAAAAGUAAAGAUAAGCGAAGGAUUGCUUUUGUCUGGACUGAAAAAACUUCACAUCAGAUCCAGUAAAGUGGUGACUAUUUCGGGCUUAUCGAAUAUAGAAACCGUUUCAAUAAUCCGGUGUGAAUUACACCCAUCGGCUCUUACUUCGUUUAAAAACUUACGUUUUACGAAAGAGUUAAACUUAUCAUUCAACGGAAUUAGCAAUUUAGACGAUGGGAUUUUCGAUGGUCUCAAAGAAUUGGUUCGGCUACAAUUAUCCAAAAAUCUGCUGACAAAUAUCUCUGGACUGGUUUUUCGAGAUCUGAAGAAACUGAUCGAAAUUGACUUAUCGUACAACAAUCUUUCAACGAUACAUCCCGAUGCAUUUGUCAACACCGAUCAACUGACUACCAUAAAUUUGCAGAACAAUCAAUUAUCGUUCAGUGAUAACAAAAUGCCAUUCAUGCAUCUCUACCACUUAAAAACAUUGAAUUUAUCCAAUAACAACCUGGCGAGAAUGCCAUCCGAUUUGAAUAAAUUGAAAAAUUUGAAGGAAAUCGAUUUAACAUACAAUCAGAUCACAUCGGUAAAGUUUAGUGAAAUACGACAGAAUUCCAUCAAUAUUAGUUCAACGUAUGAAACACGGUCCGCAUUAGGAAGUAAGGAUACACGCACAUAUCUCAGCGGUAAUCCAUUGGAUUGUGACUGCAGUAUGUUCGAGUUUUUAUCGAGAACGGAUCAAGAACAAUUAGCUCAAGUAUUCAAUGACACCUGUUUGAAACACCAUUUCCAUAUGACAGGAUGCAGUCAUGAAAAUUACGUGAGCGAUCAGUGCCCGACUGGAUGCAAUUGUAUAAAAUUGGAGAAUAGAUCCGGUGUUCAAAUAAUUAUAUCUUGUAAGGAUAAACAAUUGACACGACUGCCCGAAAUCAAAUUUAUGAAUGCUACAUCAAUUGAACUGGACAUUAGCAAUAACAGCCUAACAGAACUGCCAAUAUUGCCUACCAGCUUCAAUGUAACUUUCAUUCAGGCUUCGUUUAACCAAAUUUCUGAAAUUAAGGUUGAAAACUUACCGUCAAAUCUUCGAGGCUUGGAUUUGUCUCGUAAUAACGUUCGAACAAUAGCUGCGAAAGUUAUCGAUCACCUGAGAAAUCACCAAAGUUUGGAAAUUUUACUGCUAAAAGACAAUCCACUGGCAUGCCACUGUUCUGACGAUAUGGUCAAAUUAAUUGAUUUCAUCGAAGACAGUUCGAUGACGGACCUGCAAGAGGCCAAAUGUAAUGUACAUUACCAACUGUCGCAGGAAGGGCUACAGAAGAAAUGCGAGGAAGAAUCAACUAUGUACAUCCUCAUCUUCGUCACUAUCCUCACGUUAAUGUCGGCAGUCAUCCUUGUAUUGGUCAUGAAACAUAAUCAAUUCAUCAAAAUGUGGCUCUACGCUCAUGACUGGUUCCUGUGGUGGGUUGACGAAGAGUACGUGGACAGGCAUAAGGUAUACGAUAUAUUCAUUUCUUAUACAAACGAGAACAGAAUGCUGGCAUAUCGUAUUACGUACGCGUUGGAGAAGUGUAACAUCUUCAAAGUGUGCUUACAUGAAAGAGAUUUUGUUGGCGGUGAACGUAUUGAGCAAUCGGUGCGCGAUGCAGUGAAUAAGUCUCGUCGAACACUGGUCAUAUUAACCGAAGAUUACAUGCAAUCUGAAUGGUGUGAACACGAAUUUCAUCUGGCGUGGGAACGAAGCGUAGCCGAAAAACGACAACUAAUAAUUGCUGUAAAGGCUGGAAAUCUUGGACAUAUUGCAGACGAAACCAUUCAUUCGUACAUCAAAACCCAUACGUACAUUGAGGUAGAUGAUCAAUGGUUCUGGGAGAGACUUAUUUUUCGUUUACCACAUAAGAAGAUGAUCAAGAAUAUUUUCCCAAUUAGGGAAUAUGAGACAAUGAUGAAGGUAAUAUCGGCAAAUGAAGACGAAUCCGCAAAUGAAGGAGAAUUCGUAAAUGAAGCAGAAUAUGCAAAUGAAGGAGAGUCUGUUCAAGAAAGUGAUCUGUAAAGUUACUUGCAAGUCUUAGUCUUAGAGUAAUUGUGAUUUUGACUUAUACGUCGACUCCUAUUAGUUAAAAUUACUGAUAAUUUCCAAGCCCCUUCGAUUUAUGUUAAAAACAUACCAUAUUAUGUAUAACUAUAGCACUGCUCCUAGCAUUAACAUAGAAAAUAUAUGGAGACUAAUGGUAUUUGCAUUUCUUUCGUAAGACAUGUUUCAAAAUGCGACGGCUUUUUGACGUUUGACAUAUUAGUGUUAAUGCUAGGAGCAGUGCUAUGGUAUAACAAAUCUUAUUGUAUAUUUAAACAUGUUCCAUGACAAUAAACAUAAAAUUAGCUCUGAAGUUGCUUU